GUGCUGAGCAGAAAUUGUAAUGGGACCGCGCAGAUGGUGGAGGGAGUCAAAGAAACAUCCAUUAUUUACAUACCCUCUGCAGUGAGCUCACGGCGAGUUGGGAUUGGCCAGGAACUGGGUCAGGAUGAAGUGGGAUGAAGCAAACAAAACCUGAAGUCCUUGAGCGAGGCCUCCCACCGAGCCUGUGCCGAUGCUCUUCAACUCUUCCCUGCCGCAGCACCCUCCAGCCAGGUUCUUGGCAGCCGCAGCGCUGUGCCAGGGCCGACCUCUGCGACCUGGAUGCACCUGCAACCCCAACUUGCUCCGGAGGGAAGCAGCCGUGUUUCGCUUUCGCCUUGUCACUUCUUUACUGGAUCCCUGUACGGUGCAAAUGCCCUCAAAGGGCUGUUUUUCAUCUCCUGGGAGGAGGGAGAAGACACAGUUUUCAUCCUGCCAGGCAGCGUGGAGCAGGCAGCAGUCCUGAGUGUUUUUUCCUUUCGCCCUGCAUGUCGGCUGGUCCAUCCCUCAGCCAUUUGCAGCGACUUGUGUGAGGAAGGACCAUGGCAGUGGCACACUUCAGCUGAAGACCAUUGCCCAAGCUAUCAAAUAUUGAUGAAGCUGGGUUUUUUUCCCAGCAAAGAUGCUCUUGAAGGCAGUGAAGUUUCCCCAGCAGUGAUGGGGGUUGCUGUGAAGGAUGAAAUGCUUUUCACCUGUUCAGGAGGGCUUGCGGCCCAGGUGGACAUUGUGUCUGAAGCUCUGGUGAGAGGGUGCAGCUGCAGAAGCAUGUCUGUGAGUCCCUGCCAGGGAAGAGGGUGGAGAUGCCUUUGCACCCUGGUCCUGAGGCAGCUGUAGCUCCAUCCAGUCCUGAAGCACUGCACUGUACCCAGCACUGAAGGCUGCAGCCAGCCAUGAAGCUCAUCCCUGCAGCUAAAGGGGGAGCUUUGAGCACCCGGUGU